CUCAGUUGCAAAUUUCCUUCGUCUCUUUUCUUCUCUCUAGCCUUAAUAUUUAGCACAUAGCUGCAAAUUCCCUCUGUUUUUUUUCUGAAUUUAUACCAAUGGAAGAACUUACUUUCGAUCCACAAUUCUACUCUGAAUACAUGGAUGACGUUAACUACAGCCAGGGAUUCUACGUGACGCCGGCGGAAGAUGACCUGGUGCUGCGGGGAGGAAUCAGGCGCGUCGGAGGCGUCGACCGUCUCCGAAAGGCGGAGCGCGCCGCCGUGUUUGCGGUGGAGGAGCACAACAAGGAGGCAGGGGAGAAAGGAUUUCUGAAAUUCGUCGCGAUAGUGAAUCUCAACGUGGAGCCCUCCGCCGGCGCGAUCUACUACAUCACCGCGGCGGUGGCGGACGCCGCCGGCGAGAUUUGUCGCUUUCAGAUGCAGAUUUGGGAGAAACUCAACACCGGAUACAAAGUGCAGAUGUUCCGGCCAGCUCCAUACUGGCUGAAAUUAUCAGAAAAGCUAGCACGCAAAAAUUGCUGCGUUGCGAUUAAUAACUUGGAGCAUUGGAUGGAUGAAAAUUAUUUAUACUACAAGUGUUUCAAGGCUGCACCUGAGAUUUUAGGUAUCGAGAUGGAGGGGAAUACAAAUCAAGCGUAUAUAUGGAUGAGAAAAUCUGCACAUAUAGGAUGGAUUGUGAACAAGUAUGAAGGGAAAGAGAUGCCGCGCUCUGAUAUUUUCUACACUUUUAAUUAGACUUUUAUUUAAGUAAUUAUUAGAUUUUGAUUUUAGAUUUAAUAGAGUUAGGUUCCAUAUACUUGUCAUCAGUAACAUUUAAUUUUUAGUUUAUAGGAAAAAUCAUUCUUAUGCUA